AUGCUAACGACCGAUCAACACUACACGCUGUCUACCGUUCGCCCGGAAGUGAAGUGGGUGAGACAGGUCCACCCUGACAAGAUGGAAGAGAGUAUGCGCUGCGAUGGCAGCGUCGGCGACACCUUCUCGCUCGAAUGGAUGCUUCGAAAGAGGCUGGAAGAAGACCUGUCUCGGAACUGGCCCCCAGCUCCACGAUGUGCCAGAAGCCCUGACGACAAACGUGAUCCGGGGACAAGUGCAAGAGAGGAGGGUCUGGUCUGCAAGAACGAUGAAGGGAAGUGCUCCAAGGAUACCGUACGGAGGAUGUGCGAAUGUACUGGCGUCGUGGAAGAGCUUGCCGUGUACGCUCUGCAGGUUUCUAAGGACGAUGAGCAGCGGGCUCAUAACCUCCUUCUCGACAUGGCGGAACUGCAGAACAUAUUUGAAGUUGUGGAGCAGAUGGUACUCCUUCACGCCGCUGCGGCCCAUCCGAGAAACAAAGAGCUACAGUGCGACUUUGUCUGCCAAGUUGAGACCGGGGAGAGGCCGUCGUCCUGGACUAUCCCGUCGCCUCUGCCAUUGACGACGGAGGGUGAAGGAGGAGAGCGGCUGGGCCGAACAGUCGAGCUUGAGAAUGCUGCGGAGACGACCGGGAACCUCUUGGUGGAGAAGAAAGGGGAGACCGUCGAUCUGCUUAUUGAUCUGUUCUAUAUGGCAAUGCAUGGUCGCCGGCCGGAGCUUGCGUUUCCUAGCACGGUUCAGCUGGGUGCCAUGGAAAGCGGCAAAAGCGACGAACAGAAGGGACACGACGAUGCAGAGGCUAACGAUGGCGGGAAGGGGAGGGAGGAGUGGAACCCGCUGUCGUAUGCGUACCCACUGCUGCGAUGGCUACUAUCAGCGACCCGGGCUCAUCUCCGUCCGUUGCGCGAAGACGAGAUCAUUCGUGAGAUACCAUGCGCGAAGCAGUUCAUGCUCGUCACAGGCACAGCGGAGCGCGAGGCAAACUUUCAGAGGAUGAAGAGGGAGGCGGCUUCGAAUGGGCGGACGGGCUCGUUUUUCGCCUUUCACGGUAGCAAACCCGAUAACUGGCACGCUAUCCUCCAGUUGGGCCUCAAGAACAUGUCCGGUAUUUACGACCCCCCGUGUCAUCAAAACGACUGCUGGUUAGAGAGUGGUUCGGGAGGGUUGCUGAAAAAUAUUCGGACUUGGUGA